AUGACAAAUGCUUCUGUGUCCCUAAAGUUUCCAAAGAUAUCUAUUGAUGCAAAUUGGCGAUUCUCUUUCUCAAAUUUUGGUACUAAUACUCCUUUGAGAGCUAGCUCAUUUGCUACUAUAUCUGUCAAUAUUAACUCUAUUUCUAUGCUUAAUGGGAAAAACUUCAAGGGUUGGAAGGAGAACAUAUUGAUUAUUUUUUGCUGCAUGGAUCUAGACUUUGCACUUUGGAUUGAGCAACCCACACCUCUUAGGAAAGAAAGUUCACCUGAUGAUAAAAGGAACUUUGAGAAGUGGGCUCGUUCAAAUCGCAUGAGUCUAAUGAUCAUUAAGCGUCGCAUUCCCGAAGCCUUUAGAGGUGCAGAUACCGAAAAGGUAUCUAAUGCCAAGGAGUUCCUUGUCGAAAUUGAGAAGCGUUUUGCGAAAAACGAUAAGGCUGAAACAAGCACCCCUUUUGCAGAGCUUAAUUUCAAUGAAUUAUAA